CAGCAGCGGCAGCAGCUCAGGGGCAGGAGUUCACUGGUGUGUGUCUGUGAACUCUGGGAGUUCCUCAAACUCCGCUGAAAGCUGACGGAGUUCGGAGUCGUUCAAACAGAAYCCAUGUGAGCUGUACCGGGGAGCCGUCUCUGUCCGCCGGGUUUUUUAUUUAUUUAUUUCCAAGUGACGGACGGGCAGCGGGUCUCCACAGUUUCCCCACGGUGAGGAGGAGGACACGCAGYGGCGGGUGUUUGACAGAGAGCGGACCUUAACAUGAUGUUCAUCAAAACUGAUAGCUGACACUGUAGAAUGAGAGAGGAUGGAACAGACAGACAACCCUGUCUCUGAGAGCAACAACCCUAAUGGGUUUGUCAAUCGAGUGUUCAACGUUUCUCUGGAUGUGGAGAAUGAGGCCGGCAGUAUUCAUCCUCAGGAGACGGAGUCGGGGUCUGCCAAGGUGCAAAAAGAGGUCCAGGCCUUAUCUUGUCAAACCUCCGUCAAGGACAGACAUGAGGUUAACCGGAGGCCCCGUGCCACAGGGGGUAUCUGGAGGAUCUUAAACCGAAAGAAAGCUGUCCCGGAACUGGAAAGGAGACCCCACUCCAUGAUUUUGCCCGGGGAGGCUUCCAUUCCUAAACUCUCAUUUGCAGACAAAGUUCGCUCUUUCAAGAAGCUAAAAUCCCCCUCUGUGUUCAGGGGAAAGACGGGUAAACUUUCCACUGCCAAGUUCACUAGCUCCUUGGUGGACGAGGAGUCUUUCUGCUGUGAGAUUGGCACUCCUCAGCAGACCAACAGGAGCACAAUUCGAAACAAAAGUAAACGGCAUUCGUAUGCUGGAUACACGGUAGAUUUUGACUGCUCGUUUGAAGACCUUGAUCUGUCCACUCCAAUGGAUGGCCAUCAGCCAACUGUAACAGUAGAGGCUGUGAUUCAGAAUGGUUGUAAACCUUCUGAAAGAGUUUCUUACAGUAAAAGGAGCAAUAAUGUUUCAACAAACUGCAACAAAAUCACUGGAGGUUGUGAAGAGCCUAGUGUUAAAAGCAGCUCGAGACCUCACCUCAGUGGAGGAAGGCGACACAAAGAUGUGUGGAGUUACCUGAGAAGGAUUUCUAUCUUGGGGAAGACAAAUCCUGUCUACUCAGAAAGGAGCUUCGACUCAGAACUUCACUCGCUGGACAAAACCAUGGACUCGGAUUAUGGUUCUGUAGACUUUGAAAGCGUCAGGGACUUUCAGCCGCCGCCUCCGAAAGCCUCGGACACCAAGGGACACUUUGGUGGUCUUUUUAAGUUUUUUAACAGUGUAGCAGAAUCUGCCAGAAAAUGGCGAACAACAUCGCGCUCCUUCUCUCCUCCCGAGGGAGAGAAGAUGCCGAUGACCCCCCCAAGCGUCCCGCAGUGCACAGCGGACAACAUUCACAGCAUGUCUUUGACUUUCCACAACGAAGAAUCAUCUACAUCCGUACUUACACCAUCAUCGCCUCUGACCGCUAAGUCCUCGCAUCCCAACAGCUUUGACAGUGAGACUCCAACACCUGUGAAGGGUGAACAAUCCCCCAACAUUGUCCUGAAAGCUUUUAGAGCUUCUUCAGGAUCUCGAACUGUUAACGGUUUUCAGAACUGUGACGUUAUUGUCAAACCCACAAAAGACAAAGAGACAAACCCUAAAUCCACAACCACAGUAGAGAACCACACUUCUGAUUCAAGUCCAGACGUUACCAUUGAAAGGAACCAUCUGAACUGCCUCUGUCAAGAGGAAAAGGUAGAGGGACAAAACGGAAACGAGCAAGAUUCCAAGGAUGCUCCCCUCGACUCCCACCAAGUAAAGGAAGUGAAUGUCCAAUCACAACAGGGAGAUAAAGAGAGCGUGACCAAUAGCCUAACAGCGUCUGAUUCGACAGAAGAAAUAUUUAAGCUGUGCGAGCAGAUUGCCAACCAGACAGGCGGCAGUGCGCGACAGCCAGGUCCAGCCUUGUCCCUGCCUAGCACAGACAGGACCUCUGUACCUCGCAGGCGCUUGCUCGCCCGGCCUCGCCCGGCCUCGGCUGUCCUGGACCUGCGGAGGCCCGUUCCGGAUCGAGAGCUCCACACGCACUACAGCGAGGUCGGCUCGCUGCCGCGGCUGAGGCGCAGGCCGGCGGCCACCAUCGUGCUGCACUCUCCGGGGCAGAGACGGAUGGCGGCGCGCUCCAGGCCGUGCUCCGUCAUAGAGAGCAGCGUUACUAGAGAGACGCAGUCCACGGAGCUGCACCACCCAGCCUUGUCUCGCCCCCCGGGAGUGUCACCACUUGAGCCCCCGCUCAGGGCUUCUCUGCAGCGGUGUCGCUCCCUGCCACUCACCCCCAACACCCUCACUGCCUUGGCACUGCUCCUGCCUCAGUCAGUAGCCAUGGGUCAGUCGUCAUCGUCGGUGCGGCUGCGGUCUGGAGGCUCCGGCAGCUGCAGAAGAAGGAGGCUGCUGAGACCUGGGUCAGAGCCGCUCCAGGUCAACAUAUUGAUAAGUGGAGGUUCGGUCGUCAAUGCUGAGGCGGUAUGGGACCACGUGACCAUGGCAGAUCGGGAGCUGGCGUUCAAGGCCGGUGAUGUCAUCAAGGUGCUGGAYGCCUCCAACAAAGACUGGUGGUGGGGCCAGAUUGACGAAGARGAAGGAUGGUUCCCUGCCAGCUUUGUACGGGUGGAACCCCACCCUCCUCAACCCCAAACAAAACAGGUUUUCUAUAUCAACCCCAUAGCAACUCCACGGUUCCAAAACACCACGUCAAAGCUGUGGGUGAACCAGGAGGACGGUGGGGCAGAGCCGGUCGAAGGGACCAGCGAGGUACAGAACGGGCACCUGGAUCCAACCAAUGACUGCCUGUGUCUGGGCUCACCCCUCCAAAACCGGGACCAGAUGAGGGCUAACGUCAUCAAUGAGAUCAUGAGCACAGAGAGACACUAUAUUAAACACCUCAAGGACAUCUGUGAGGGUUACCUGCGCCAGUGUAGGAAGCGUGUGGACAUGUUUAAUGACGACCAGCUGAAGGUUAUCUUUGGAAACAUUGAGGACAUUUACCGCUUCCAGAUGGGUUUCGUUAGAGAUCUGGAGAAACAGUACAACACAGAGGAACCGCACCUCUCUGAAAUCGGGCCAUGCUUUUUAGAACACCAAGAUGGUUUUUGGAUCUACUCUGAAUACUGUAACAACCACUUGGAUGCCUGUAUGGAGCUGAGCAAACUGAUGAGGGACGGCAGGUACCAGCAUUUUUUCGAGGCUUGUCGCCUCCUCCAGCAAAUGAUCGACAUCGCCAUAGAUGGCUUCUUGCUCACGCCGGUUCAGAAAAUCUGCAAAUACCCUCUCCAGCUGGCUGAGCUUCUUAAAUAUACUGCACAGGAACACAGUGACUAUCGAUACGUGGCAGCAGCCUUGGCUGUGAUGCGAAACGUCACUCAACAGAUCAAUGAGAGGAAGAGGAGGUUGGAGAACAUUGACAAGAUCGCCCAGUGGCAAGCAUCGGUUCUCGACUGGGAGGGAGAUGAUAUCUUAGACAGGAGUUCGGAGCUUAUCUACACCGGGGAGUUGUCAUGGAUCUAUCAACCAUACGGACGCAGCCAGCAGCGAGUCUUCUUCCUCUUUGAUCACCAGCUGGUACUUUGUAAGAAGGACCUGAUACGCCGGGACAGCUUGUACUAUAAAGGCCGCAUCGACAUGGAUCGUUACGAGGUUCGGGACGCCAUCGAUGGGCGGGACGACGACUUUAAUGUCAGCGUCAAGAAUGCCUUUAAGUUGUUCAACAAAGACAGCGAGGAGAUCCACAUCUUCCUGGCCAAAAAGCCCGAGGAGAAGAUCCGCUGGCUCAGGGCCUUCCACGAGGAGAGGAAGAUGGUGCAGGAGGAUGAGAAAAUCGGUUUUGAGAUUUCUGAGUACCAGAAGCGACAGGCAGCCCUGACGGUGAGAAAGGUGACCAAACAGAAAGGUGUAAACAGGUGCACGCCCCCCUCAUACCCGCCCCCGCAGGACCCCCUCAGCGCGGGGCAGUAUGAAGUAACGGAGGACAUGGCACAAGGAGAAGUUUUUGAAUUCAGUCAAUCCAAAAGAGGCCAGGCGCCUUUCUGGCAGAAUUUUAGUAGAUUAGCUCCAUUUAAGAAAUAGAGACACCAGACUCUUCUGAAGGACCAGCUAUUUUUCUUAGAAGCACUAAACACUGGAUGAUAUCGUCCCACGAUGAAGAAACUACAGAAACCACACCCCACACACGAGACUUUGAAGUUAAGGACCAAUGUUGUCGCAUCAUUUGAUGGGGAAACACCAAGUGGAGACUUGGAUUUAAACGACAACAACUUUACAAUUCGUAUUUGUUAGUAACGUUCUUAGUUAUCACGCUUCUCCUGCUGACUCAUGAACUCUUUCCCCUGGAAUUCUGCACAUUCAUCUGAAUGUUCUGGAGUUACAUAUUGAGAUUGUCACAUGGUUUGAUUUUGAUUUCAUCAUCUGGACAAAAGGAGGGAAACAAAAAGAAGGGGGAGGCCCUGCCAGGUGGCCUUUUUUUUUUCUUUUUUCUUUUUUAAAUUUUUAUUGUGAGAUUAUGUCUAGAAGCUGAGAUGUGCUGCUAUGUGAGAUCGUUCUGAGGGAUGUGUCAUGUUCAGGAGCUUCUGGGCUUCAGAGGGAAAUCAUCCCAUCSCUGAACACGGACUGAUCGGGCCACUUCUGCUCUGCCGAUGUCUGGAUCGCCCUACUCAUUUUYCCCCCCUCUAACAAUGUGCACAGAAUAUCCCCCUCUCUCUUUCUUUCUUUUAUUUCUAAAGUUGGUGUCAAGUCUUCCCUUUUUCCUCUCCAUCCCCCGCCUCGAUCCAUCCGCUCAGCUUCUGCGGCCCCCCAGAGGAGGAUUUUUCGUUCUCCUGGAAACCUGCCGUUGGCCGUGAUACAACGGGUCAGGGAACAAAUCAAUAGCGGGGACAUCAAUUGAAUAUUUACAUCCGUUCACCCAACCACUCGUGACAGGGUAUCCACAUCCCGCCGACGCUCGGCGCGCUCCGUGCGGAGAGCUGAAACAUCUGGGAGCAGGAGAUAUGCUGGUUCUGCUCCACCUGCUUUUUGUGUCACAGUCCCACCCCCACUCCUCCUCCUCCUCCUCCUCCUCCUCCUCUCGUAGCACUGUGCUGGCAGCUCACCGGGUGUUUUGGAAAGAGCACAGCCUACCUCUAAGAGUGAGCAGUAAAAGUCAAGUUGAUGCAUCGGCCAAGGUCUGAAAAUCAUUUUGGUUAUUUUUUAUGUCUGCUCAAAAUCAAGCAAACAAACAAAGACUCGAUGAUUUUGUAGUGUUCUCACUGUAAAAAAAAAAAAAAA